CGCUCCCGCCGCCGUGUUCCACUGUUGACUGGAGCUCGGUACAGACUUUCCUGGCACAAACAUGUUUGGAGGUACACAGGGCAUUGCUCACAGCUAAAGUUCCACUUUGCCAAGUCUUAUGGAAAGCUCACGGGCGAGUUGCUGAUAGAGACACACUCAGAUCAUCUUCAGGUCCUCUCAGCAGAGUCCAACACUUCUCAUCCACCCAUCGGUGGCAAAGACCUGAACAGGAUAAUACCAGGAUACAUGGUUUACAUCUACAUUGUCUAUAUCUUCAUCAUUCCUCGUCAUCUUUUGGCUCAGAGACCAGAACCACCUCUGAGAGCGAUCUCCGGCACCCUGCCCUCCUACAAGUCCUUAAAUCCCUUCAUCCCACCUGGAAAACCAUAUCAAAUGGAGGAUGAGCAUCCACAGAAAUACUUCAUCUCAGGAUUCACAGGACACGUGCCAAAUUCCCGCUUCCUGUUUGGCAAAGGCUACCCGGCCAUCGCCAACAAGGCGCUGAUUGAGUAUGGCAAACAGCAGAGAUCCCAGAAAACAAAGGGAGAAAAACAGACUGGAAAAGCUCCUUCAGGAAGUCUUUAUUGACAGAUACUGAUUGUCAC